AUGCCAAAUGGGACACUUGAAAAAUGGAUACCCAGUCAUAACUUUUUCUUAGACAUGUUGCAGAGAAUAGAUAUAAUGAUAGAUGUUGCAUCUGCAAUGGACCAUCUCCACAAUGGAUAUUCAACAUUUGUGGUGCACUGUGACUUAAAGCCAAGCAAUGGCUUACUAGAUCAAGAAAUGAUUGGCCAUGUUAGUGAUUUUGCCAUUGCAAAAUUGUUAGGAGCAGGGGGGGAUUUUGUUGAAACAAAGACGAUUGCGACCAUCGGAUAUACUGCUCCAGAGUAUGGACAAGAUGGAAUAGUAUCCACAAGCUGCGAUAUUUAUAGUCUUUGGCAUCCUAAUGAUGGAGACGUUUACAAGAAGGAGACCAGGUGAUGAAAUAUUUACUGAAGAUUUUAGCAUACGAUGUUGGGUCAAUGAUUCUUUUCCAAGUGAAAAUGAUGCUAAUUUGGUACAGCUUGGGGAUGAACCUACUGAUGCAAAAUGCAGUGUCUGUGAUCUUUGAUGGAAUUAGCUUUGAGUUUUCACUAGUGACACCUGAUGCAAGAAUUAGCAUGGAAGAUGCUCUUUCAACACUUGAAAAGAUUAGGGUCCAAUUUAGUCAGCAGUUAACACCAGGCUCGAUUCCUAUUUUUUUCCAAACAAAACCAUGGUUUCUGGGUUCUGCCAGUGACAAUGCUGGAACAAAGGGGUUCAGACUUCAGAUCAUCGGCUAUCUGAUUGCUUUACCCAUGUCAAAUGAGUUGAUUCUUCAAUUCUGCACCUGUUCAUUGAACAGAGGCGCUCGUAGCUAGCAGCUUC